CUGUGCUCAAAUAUAAUAAAAGUAGAAAAUGUCAACGAAACAUAAUUGGAUUGGGAUUUAGGAACCUUGUUUUUCAUUUAAUUUUUUGGUUCUUAAAGCUUUGCUAGUUAAGUUUUUUAAUUGCUACCUACAACCUAAAUGCUUACAUAGUUAAUUAUAUAUUUGUUUAUAAGUUUAUUUAUUUUAGUGUAGUGAAUUUGAUAUGGACUACAGAAUUUUCUUUUAAAAAUAAUGUGAAUUUAUUACUACUGUGUUCUCAUUUUAGAUUUCAUAGAUUAUAAAUUAUGUACUUCUAUUUGUUUAGGUUUAAUAUGGCUUCAAAUGCGGAUAAUGGUGAAAAUAAUACUGGAGUUGAAACUGAUCGUGGUUGUGCAUCCAAGAAGAUCGCUAAAAAUACUGCAGGAAAUAGGAGUGACAAAGCUUUGAAGCAUGGAAUUUCGGUUGAUGGAGAUGCCAAAAAAAUAAAAUGCAAGUAUUGUGAUAAGGUGGUGACAGGAGGAGUAUAUAGGUUGAAACAUCAUUUGGCAGGAACAAAAAAAGAUGUUGAACCUUGCAUGGGUGUUUCUGAUGAGGUUAAAAAGGAUAUGUUUGAUAUUGUUGUUGGUUUGCAAAAAAAUUUAGUUAAGAAGACAAGAGAAUUUGAAGAAAAGAUACAAAGUAAAGAUGAAGGAAUAGAAGAAGAAGGGGAUGCCUUACUUGGUGAGAAGAGAAGGGGAAAAGAAAUACAGACACCAGCAAGUCUCUUUAAGAAAAGGGGUGUGAGCACUCAAACAACAAUCAACUCAAUUUUUAAGAAGGGCUUAAGGGAAGAGGCGUGUGAUGAAAUUGCUUCGUUCAUCUACAAUAAUGCUAUUCCCUUUAAUGUUGCAAGGUCUGAAGAAUACCAUAACAUGUUUGAGAAGGUUGCCCGCCAUGGAUUAGGAUUCAAGCCACCUUCUUAUGAUGAGUUAAGAGGAAAAUUAUUGAAGAAGAAGGUAGAGUCAACCAAACUAACAUUAGAAGAACAUAAAGCUGAAUGGAAGAAAACUGGAUGCACUAUUAUGACAGAUGGUUGGACAGAUAAAAGAAGGAGAACUAUUCUCAACUUUCUUGUGAAUAGUCCUAAGGGAACUAUUUUCUUGAAAUCCAUUAAUGCUUCUGAUAUAUGCAAAACAGCUGAAAAGAUAUUCAAGAUGAUUGAUGAAGUUGUAGAGGAAGUGGGAGAAGAGAAUGUGGUUCAAGUUGUAACUGAUAAUGCAGCUAACUACAAAAAGACAGGACAAAUGUUGAUGGAAAAGAGAAAGAAUCUUUAUUGGACUCCUUGUGCCGCUCAUUGCAUUGAUUUGAUGCUUGAAGAUUUUGAGAAGAAUCUAGAUCUUCACAAAGACACCAUUGCCAAAGGAAGAAAGCUAAUUACUUACAUAUAUUCUAGGACUUCUCUAAUUUCCCUUUUACAACAGCACACCAAAGGAAGAGAUUUAGUGAGACCAGGUAUGACGCGAUUUGCUACGUCCUACCUUACUUUGGGUAGUCUUAAUGAGAAGAAGAAUCCAAUAAUUAGAAUGUUCAUCUCGGAUGAAUGGAAGGAAAGCAAGUGCUCAAAGACAAGAGAUGGGAAAAACAUUGAAAAUAUUGUUUUGGAUAAAACAUUUUGGGGAAACAUUAUCCAUUGCUUGAGAGGUGCUUAUCCUCUUCUUCAUGUGCUUCGUAUAGUGAAUUCAGAGGGUAAGGCAGCUAUGGGAUAUAUGUAUUCUGAAAUUGAUCGUGCUAAAGAAAAGAUUAAAGAUGCUUUUCAAAGUGUUGAACUAAGUUAUAAACCUUUGUGGGAUAUUAUUGAUGCAAGAUGGGACAAGCAACUCUUUAGGCCUUUGCAUGCUGCAGGCUAUUAUUUGAAUCCACAAAUUCAUUAUAGUCCUAAUUUUAAGGUUGAGUAUGAUGUUAAAAAAGGACUUUAUGAUUGUUUGGAUAUACUUGUGGGAGAUCCUGCGCUCAUUACAAUUAUUGAUAGUCAACUUGAAGAUUUCAAGAGUAAGGCUAAAUUUUUUGGUAGAGAUGUAGCCAAGAAUGCUCUCAAAACCAAAACACCCUCACAAUGGUGGGAUUCUUAUGGGGAUGAACAUCCAGAACUUCAAAAAUUUGCUAUCCGUGUCUUGAGUUUGACUUGUAGUUCAUCAGGAUGUGAGCGCAAUUGGAGUGCUUUUGAGAUGGUAAACUUUUAAUUUGAUAUUAACUUAGGAAUUUAUUUUCUAAACUAUAGAAUUAGUUA